CUCCGGCAACAGAAAGUCAACCAGGAAACCGAGGCUGCUAAACUGACCCACCGCCCCGGUCUGACGGCUAAACGGCGGUAUUAACGUUAGGAAUAACACAAUAUAUCAGUACAGGAUUUGUAUUUGGUAUUUAAGUUGUUAUAAAGAAGCGACAUGGCUUCCCUUUUCAAGAAGAAGACUGUCGAUGACAUAAUCAGGGAACAGUCUAAGGAGUUGCGUGGCACUCAGAGACAGAUCACCAGGGACAGAGCAGCGCUGGAGAAACAAGAGAAACAAAUGGAGGCAGAGAUCAAGAAAAUGGCAAAGAGCGGUAACCGGGAGGCAUGUAAGAUCCUCGCCAAGCAGCUGGUCCAACUGAGGAAGCAGAAAAACCGGACAUAUGCCGUCAGCUCUAAGGUCACCUCCAUGUCCACGCAGACAAAGGUCAUGAACUCCCAAAUGAAGAUGGCCGGUGCCAUGUCCACCACCGCCAAGACAAUGCAAGCAGUGAAUAAAAAGAUGGAUCCACAGAAGACCCUGAAGACCAUGCAGGACUUCCAGAAGGAGAACAUGAAGAUGGGCAUGACCGAAGACAUGAUCAACGACACUUUGGAUGAAAUCUUUGAUGAGUCUGGGGAUGAGGAAGAAUCUCAGGACAUUGUCAACCAGGUUCUGGACGAGAUCGGCAUUGAGAUCUCAGGAAAGAUGGUGAGAGCUCCAGCUGCAGGAAAGAGCGUCCCCGGCGCCGCCUCCUCCAAACAAGCCACCAUCUCUGACGACGAGAUCGAGAGACAGCUCCGAGCUCUGGGAGUGGACUAAUUGUCAUCUCUGUAUUAAUGUUCACAUUCUAGACCCGUGUAACAUUAAUACUCAUUGAUAAAGACUCUGUCAGACAUAUUGGUUUUGUCUACAUGCUACAGGUGUAACAAAGGGUGCACACUAACACAUACACACACACACACAUUAAGAUGUACAUUAACACAUACAUACGCUCACAUUCUUCAGCAGGUUGCCUUACAGAUCAUGAAGGCAAAACAUCUGAUCCAUGUAUGCAAAAAUAAUAUUUAUUACGACAUCAGAGUGGCCACAGCCUGAAGGUGGACCAAUAUUAGAUGCUUGACCUAAAGAACCACCUACACUCUUGUUUACCACCCAUCUCUGUCUUUAAAAGGGCUACAGUGGAAAUGUGACCUUGGAUUUAGCUUUUUAACCAUCUGAUGUCUUGGUCAAACCUGAGUUAGUCAUAUAAUGUAUCAGCUUUUUCUUGACUGAAGAUGGAUGGUACAUGGUAAUUAAACAGAGAGGGGUUGUCAGUAAGCAAAUGAAUGAAUUUUUCCUUCUUACACUGUUUACUUCGUAUCUUCAUCGCCAGUGGUUAAUUUAAAACUCAUCUGAUUUAUUUACUCUCUGAGGCAAACUAUCCUAGUUAAAGCAUUCUCUGAACAAGACUUAUGUUAUUUUGUGGGCAAAAGGCUGUUAUUUGCCUUCUGUCAUCCUGGGGUGUCAGAGGUGGGACACACACUUUACCUUGCAAGUGAAAGGGAGAAAAUGCAUCAUCACACAGUCGCACAUCAUCUCUAUCACCACACAAAGAAACAAACUGGUCAACUAGUUUAUUAAUUAUCCUGUUUUUAAAAUCUCUGGGUGCUUUACGAUUGGUAGUGAAGAGAGACGUGCAUGUGAAAUGUGUAACGGACUCUGAUGCCUUUGGGCUAAGUUAAGGCCUUUGCUUGCAUGAGAUGAUGAGACUGAUUGAUUUGAAGGCAAGCGGGCUAGCAUCUAAUUAGCAAGUGGCAGUGCUGUACACAUUAUGAGACACAAAUUGGGACUAAUGAAAGACUGGCAUAUCAAAGAGUUUCGAAUCGAUUCUUUAAUACUACUGAGUAAUCAAACGAGUAGUUUUUUUUUUGGCUUAUUGGUUGAUGCUUGCUAUCUGAUUGUGUAUCUUACACUGGACUUGGGAUUUACACAGUGAUUGUAGGAUGGCACUGCUCCUGCAGUCCCUCUUCUCUUUCAGCUGCUGUGCAGUUACUCUCGUUUGUUAUUUUAAGCUGCCUCACUCACACACACAAGCACACACACUACAACAACAAAAAUGAUGGAGGAGUUUGCUACAAUGACACUGUGAUCCAAGAGACAUUUUCUGUUCGUCAGAGCUGAAGCUGAUUCCUCCAUACAGUGGUUUGUUAAUAUCAGCCAGCUUCAGACUUCGUGAGAGUGACAUAGACAUCUGCUCAUAUUCAUGUAGUCUUUGUCUUUCUCUCUCUCUGGCCUUUGAGUUCCGUUCUGAUUCCCUUUGCCAAAAGAAAUUAAAAAUGUUCUCAUUCUUGCAUGUAUCUGACAUGUUCAAUUCACUUCAAAAAAAAAAUAAAAAUCAGUCUUUCUUCUUCUUUUGUGAUUGUGAGCAGAAACGGUGUUUUAACAGAUUAUCACACUGAGUUCUGUUCCAUUAGGAAAUUCCCACUUUUUAAAAGAUAUAUGUGUACUCAUCUUUGUUUCCCUCUUUGUCAUUGUAAAGUGACUCUGUAUAGGGUGUAUGGCUUUUAUAAGGAAUAAAGUUUCUUCAGGUACAGUUUAA